UGUCUGGGUAAACAGGGGCGCUUCCCGGGACUGCGUCGUACGGCCAGCGGUAUAGCCUGGGCUCCGUGUUACCAGCUUGAGUGGUGCCCAUGGCGGCUGGAGGAGGAGGAGGCGGAGCCGGGGGCAGCAAGACGUACUCGUUCAAGGUGGUGCUGCUCGGGGAGGGCUGUGUGGGCAAGACAUCGCUGGUGCUGCGAUAUUGUGAGAACAAGUUCAACGACAAGCACAUCACCACCCUGCAGGCAUCUUUCCUGACAAAGAAGCUGAACAUUGGAGGAAAACGAGUAAAUCUUGCAAUUUGGGAUACUGCUGGGCAAGAGAGAUUCCAUGCCCUCGGUCCUAUCUACUACAGAGACUCUAAUGGAGCUAUUUUAGUGUAUGAUAUUACAGAUGAGGACUCUUUCCAAAAGGUAAAAAAUUGGGUGAAGGAACUAAGAAAAAUGUUGGGGAAUGAAAUAUGUUUAUGUAUAGUAGGUAACAAAGUAGAUUUGGAAAAAGAGAGGCAUGUCUCUGUUCAGGAAGCAGAAAGUUAUGCAGAAUCUGUGGGUGCCAAGCACUACCAUACUUCAGCCAAGCAGAAUAAGGGAAUUGAAGAGUUAUUCCUUGAUCUUUGUAAAAGAAUGAUUGAAACUGCACAAGUAGACGAACGGGCUAAAGGAAAUGGCCCCAGCCAGUCAGGAGGUGCAAGGCGAGGCGUACAGAUCGUAGAUGAUGAACCACAGGCACAGAGCGCCGGAGGAUGUUGUUCUGGAUAAUUGUGUAUAAACUGUGUGGAUGCUUGUCCUAUCAGGAAGAUUGCCAUAUUCCAAGUCACAUGUUCUUUUACCAUUGGAGUAACAGAAUUUAACAGUAUUGAAUCGAUAACAAAAUCAGAGACCAAGCUGUAUACUAGUGGAGUCUGACCAGAGAAUUGGCAUUUUCUACAGCUGUUAACCUAGCAGUUACCAAUGGCCUUUUUACAUAUGUUUUUCUUUAAUGAAGAAUAAUAUGCAUGUAGAAGAGACCUACUUAAAGCUUCAUUUAUAUUCUUUUUAAAUCUGAUCCUUAUUUAAUAACUUAUGUACAUUGUUAGAAUGGUAUGCACUUUGCUGCCCUUUGUAUUUUGUGGAAAACUAAUUGUACUCAAAAAAAGAAAACCUGUUUUUGUUUUGGCAGAUACCAGUCAUUCUAUUUUUGCAAAGUUUGCACAUGUUCUAAAUGUCCACAUUAGUUAUACUCGGUUCAUUUCGGUAAGAUGAUCUGAUAAAUGUGCUCUGUGCAUUACUAAUUAAAUAUUUUAUCUGCUUUUCCAUGUUGCAAAAAACAAAUUGUACUCUAAUGUUGUAAGUGUGGAUUUGCAGUUGGCAGGUUUUGUUAAAUACUGUUCUGCAACUGACCUGUAUCACGUCACCACUAAGACUUUUCACUUGUCUGUAUACCUUGCUCUGGUUUGUUGUGAUUGCAUAUCUCUAUACGUUUUUUUGUUUUUUCUUUCACCCACAAAUUUUUAAAUAGCAAUGCUAAUCGGAGAACCUAAUAUGAAUCAAUCUAGCACCAUGUUCUCAAUCGGCAGAUACGUUUUUGAAGGUGUAUAACUUGCAAGAUGUAGAAGCAGAAGUUGCGGCUUGGUACUUAUUAAUCUCUCCCAUGUAAUUGCUAUUAUUCGUUGUAGAAUAAAUCAUUUCUGUCUAA